GUACUGAAUCUCAGUCUGUACUGACUACUGAGGACCGAGUGUACGUCAUUGUCAUGUUGAUCGGCGGCUGAUGGAAAGUUUUAUCCGGUUCGAUACUAAUUCCUACCAAAUUCAAUCACCUUCUCCAUGGCUCUUCAGUUUUUGACAGUUUGCAUCGACAAGUAGAACCACUUUGUCCCACAACAGAAAUUUAUUGUCCAGUUGUGUGUAGAGAAGUAAACUGAUAAGUUCAGACUACAGAGUACAGACCAUCGCUCUCAAUGUAUUUAGUUCUACUCUUUUUAAUUUUUUUCAUUUGGUGCAGUAUUUUCAACCCAUGUUCGUCUGCAGCUAACCAACUCAAUGGCCGACAUCUCCGCGUCAUUUGGCCACGUUGGAGUGGUAAUCGCAAAGGAUUGUCGGGACCACUUAAGGGAGGCGUUGUCCUCGACUUUCUUUCGGCUCGUUUAAAUUUCACGUACGAGAUGGUCCGAGUGGCAGAAGAGCUGGAGCCUGAAGUAGGACGAGGUCAAAUAGACUACUUGAUCGAUAACCAAUGCGAUUUGCUGAUCCAAAGUGUUUUGGCGACAACUCGGCGCAACAAGAUCGUCGAUUUGACACUUCCUUGGGUUUACGACUCUUCCGCUUUCCUCAUUCCCGUCCCGGACGAAACGGCCAACGUCAACGCCGUCGUCAAACCGUUUCAAUGGCAGAUUUGGUUGGUACUUGGCUUGUCGAUUAUCUGCGUCAUCGCCGUUUUGAAUUUCAUUCACAAAUAUCGGCCCUCCCAAAAAGAGGCGGACACAAUAGAAUUGGCGGAAACUAAAACUGGACAAUACUAUCUCUACACGUUCGGAACUUUGCUGUCCCAAGGGGGGCCAUGUACAUCGAAACAGUUACCCAUUCGUUUGGUCGCUAGCGCUUGGUGCUUAGCGGCUUUCAUCUUUGUCCAGGCGUAUAACUCGACUCUCUUCACUUACGUCGUGACACCGGUCCAUCAGCCACUGAUCAAUUCCAUCUACGACAUUUUUGAAAACUCCGAUAUCAAUUUACUAGUCAGAACAGACACUAUCGAUCUCUUGCUUAAGAGAAAUAACAAUACGGGCGUGUUCUUGAAAAUACAAAAGAAACUCGACUCUUAUGCAAAUUCUCGGUGCGCUUUGGCUUCCGAUUGCAUUCAAAGUGUUGCGUCAGGAUCGAGAAAUGUUUACUUUGAAUCCAGAAAUUACCUAAAAGACGCAAUAAGGACAGAAUUUAAAAGAACUGGCAAAUGCAAGUUGCAGUUGGCAAAGGAAGGAUUCACAGGAGUUACCUCGUCGUUGGCCCUACAGAAAAACAGUCCCUACACCCAAAGUACCACUCAGGGGAUAUUGGAGCUUCAACAAACUGGAAUAAUCGACUACUGGGAUAUCUGGUUCCGACCCAUGCAACCGCAAUGCAACGGGGAACCCCCAACUGGAGUCAAAUCACCUGGAAACAAUCGUUCACGCCUGUCCCUGAAAAAUUUGACGGGAGCAUUUCUAGUCUUACUAGUUGGACUGGGCCUAUCUUUUAUGGCUUUCCUUUUCGAGCAGAUAGUUGCCAUGAUGUCUGAGCGCCACCGGGUUAAAACGCUCACCGAGUUAGCACAGGUAGAACCAGGAGAAACCCAGGAAGAAUCAAUUACCAAAGAAGAAGAGUUAUCUGGUAAUAGUAACAUUGAGGAACCACCCAGUAAUGUUACAGAAAUGACAGUUGUAGAGGUAAUUGUAGAGUCAAUGGACAUUAUUACAAUGGCGACACAAGAAAACGAAUGAAAGAAUCGAAAGAAUAGUCAUAUAUAGUUAACGUAGUCGAAUCUGCAUUGAUUCUUAGAUGCACAAAAUAGAUGGCGCACUGAAAUAUCAAAUGACGGCAAGGAACUCAAUACAAAUUAGUCGUAUAA